CACCAGACUAGCGCUCGAAAUUUAUUCGCCACUAAGUCUGCUUAGUGUUGAGUAGUGUCCGCGGCUAAGUCUAACCAAGUGCAUCCUCUCGCGUCUACUACUACGACAACUACCAGUCGAAGACCUGCGGCUUCAGCUUGCAACCCAACCAACAUUUACAAACCCGAAGACCAGUGCCUACCACGAGUAGCAAAAGCUUCCAAUAUUCAGCAACAGCAAAACAUGAAAAUGGAAGUUCUUAAAGUUGAUUACAACACCAAAGGAUACAGCAAUUACGUCUCCGCCGACUACAUUAAGGAGACCAUCCGCAAGCACCUGGAAAGGUUCCUACCCAAUGUCACUAGCUGCACGAGCGCAGUAAUUGAUACAAAAAUCGAACAAGCGAUGGAUUUGGUGAAGAACCAUCUGAUGUACACGAUGCGCAACGAGGUGGAGGUGCUGAAGGAUCGCAUCGUCGAGCUGCUGGAGAGAAUCGAGCAACUCGAGAUGGAGAACGACUUCUUGAAGUCAAACGCCACGCCAGAGGUGCUUCGCGCUUUAAGUAACAGCACCGCCACCACCAAAUAUAAGAAGAUCGAAUAUGAGAGUGACAUGAAGAAGGAAGAUAUGGAGGUUGCCGCCAUCAUUGGUAACGCACAGCAUCAGUACACCAUCUAGGAUGGAGGAGGAUGCGACAAGAUCGGCGAUAGGAAGACGUGACGAUGAGAAACUAAAACCCUAUUAUUUCUUUUUGUAUAUUCAAUCAAGCAACAAGUUAAAAACAAAAACUACAACCGUUCUAAUCAAACAAGCAACAAAAUUUUGAUCGAUUGGGUAAAACAUUAUUUUUGUUUCGGGUGGGGUGCGCGCCACCCCCUCAAGGAGAUAUCAAAGUGAUCAAGCCUUUCAAGGUUAACACCAAAAACCGACGUGUUUUUUCUUCGGUAAUACUUCGUAAUAAAGAAAAUAAAGUAAAGAAAUCAUUCAGGGAAUACCGCCGGGGUACGGGCCUUGCGAGGCCUGACCUCAGCAAAACAAGCUUCUCGUAUUUUAGCUGUUUAGAAAUGCUUCUAAAUACCAAAAAAUAUAUAUAUAUAUAUUAAUAUAUGAAAAAAAUGUUAUAUUUAUAUAUUUUACAUUGAUUUGUUCACUGGAUAUUUAUACACAAGUUAGAAACCAAAUGACGUGACAAAUUAAUGUUAAUCGAAACCGGUGGAUCUUCGGAUCCGCAGCAGCCCUCGAAGUUGAUGUGCAUGCAUCCAUCCUCCCAGGUGCGGCGAACGGUGCAGGGCGGGAAAUCAAUAUAUUUAUGUAUGCAUUGGGAUAGGUCUUUGGGGGGGAAACGAAUAUACCUUGGGAAAACCACCCUCUAGGACCCACCCCGAAUGCUUUUAUUCUCUAAUUGAAGACAGAGGCUUUUCCUUCGGCCCUGUACCGUUACCCAUCGACCUCCAUCUCUUCCCUUGUAAAAAAAAUAACAAAUUAACGAAUAUCAGCUAGGUAUGUGCGAGUUGUGAGUGAAUGAACGAGAUUGUCGCGUGUGAUAGUUUGUUUGACAUAGAACCUCUUCUUUUUGCCCACGCAGCAAAAUCCAUUAUUUUUUUUAUCUUUGAUUCCACUCCGUUUCGAAAUACUGUCGGCUAUAUAAUUGAAAAUAAACGAAAAAAUGAACACACAAACAAAAGCCAAGAGAAGCGGGACAUGUUGAAGCAAAAAUUGACGGAAAGAGAGAAAUGUUUGGUGCUAUUGGUAUGUGAUUGAGAUAUAUGAAAAAGCCACGAGGUUGUUAAGUUUUCCUAAUUAUUAUUAUUAUUUGUAUUUUUUUUUGUUAUAUCAAUUAUUUAAAAAAAAAACUUUUUGUUUCAUUUCAAGGCCAAUUCUCAUAUAGUCGACGAUAUUUUGUUAUUUAGUUUAUACCUAAAAAAAAAAUAAUAUAAUAAGUCUUGGAAAUACAUAAGUAUUUAUUUUUUGAAGUGUGAAAGCAAAUGCAACUAAAUUUUGUGGAUUCAAUAAAAAAAAUAUUCGAUCUGAUCGUCCAAGCAUUCUUUAGGCCUAGUCUUGCUUAGUUUAGUAAAUAAUGGCUGUGCUAAGUUAAUAAUAACACGAUACUAACUCAACGUAAACAAAAUAAUAAAUUUAAAAAAAAAUAUAUAUGAAAACAAGUAUACACACAAGUAUAUGUAUGAAGAUGAAGAAAAAACAUAGACAAGUGUGAUUUGCUAACGACAAAUUUCAAAUAGAAAAUUACGAGAUGGAAAUGACCAUCUCGUUUUCGAAGCAAAGAUGUGAGAAAAUAUUAAGAAAAUAACUAGAAAAAAAAAACAACAAAUUAUUUAUACUACUAACACUUUUAGAGCUAACGACAUAUGAAAGUAUAUAUUUAAAAAAAAAGUAAUAUUAAUAAGAAUAAUAAACUAUAUUGUGAUGUGUUUCAUUAAUUUGUAAUAAUAAUAAAUAUUAAUUUAUUGGUAGGAAAACCUUGAGGCGAGAGAGGAAACAAAUAAUAAUGUUAUGAGAUGCGAGGAAGGAAUGGAGAUGAUAUUUUGAACAAUAAAACGGAGAG